GGAGGAUCCUACGACAAAAGGAAGCAAGCAUCAGCAUGGGCGCCCCUGAAGAAGCGACGAAGAAGAAGCCGACGUCGGGACACAUCUCGGAGCAGUUGGAAGAGGAUAUCAGCACCUUCCCCCACAUGGAAGUCUCGCACUUGUACUUCCUGCUGCAAGUGGCGACCACCAGCCAUGCUGCGUUAGCGGACGCAGAAGUGGCCGCGGCCAAGACCAAACUGCUCGGGUUGAUCGCGGAACAUCACAUGGCGCCGUUCUACGAGCGUGUUGCCGCCGAGUUCCACUGGCCCGUGGAAACCGCGCUUCUCGCGACCAUGAAACAGCACAAUGAGGACGAAUUGACCAAGUUGGACGCGCAGCUAGCGGAUGCGGAGGCGAACUUGGGGGACAUUGAGGUGUUGGAGGCGCAUCUCGGUCGCGCGCGGCUGUACUCGUUGAUUGGGGACAAGGACAAGGUUCUCGAGGCGUUCCACACCGCGCUCGCCAAGCCGACGUCCGUGAACCAGAAGAUCAUCAUCCAGCUGCACAUCAUCCGCGUGGGUCUGUUCUUCUCCGACCUGCCUCUCGUGGAGACGCACAUCAAGAAGGCGCGCGUCCUCAUCGACGAAGGCGGCGACUGGGACCGACGCAACCGCCUCAAGGUGUACGAAGGAUGCUACCUUCUCAUGGCUCGCGACUUUAAGAAGGCUUCUUCCCUCUUCCAGGACUCAGUGGCAACCUUUACAAGCACGGAGCUGAUGUCGUAUCCCACGAUGAUCUUUUAUGCGGUCAUUACGUCCGUCCUGAGCACUUCCCGCGUCGAAUUGAAGAAAAAGAUUGUGGAUUCCUCCGAAGUCUUGGCGGUCUUGCGGGACAUUCCCCACUUGAGCGACUUUUUGAACGGACUCUACGACUGCAACUACAAGCAAUUUUUCACGGCCAUUGUCGGAUUGCACGCCCAUGUGAAUCGCGACAAGUAUCUGGCGUUGCAUUCCCGGUACAUCUACCGUGAAUUGCGCAUCUUGGCGUACGCGCAAUUCCUCGAAGCGUACCGCAGUGUUACGUUGCAAUCGAUGGCGACAGCAUUCGGCGUUGGCGUUGUGUUUCUCGACACGGAAUUAAGCCGGUUUAUUUCGGCAGGUCGAUUGAACGCCAAGAUUGACAAGGUGGCGGGUGUGAUUGAAACCAAUCGCCCAGACGCCAAGAACGCCCAGUACCAGGACACGGUCAAGCAAGGCGACGCGCUUCUGAACCGCAUUCAAAAGCUCGCGCGUGUAAUCAACGUCUAAAUCAAGAGCCAAAUGUGUCGGAUAAGGUGAUUUUCCCACGACAUAAUUAAAAAACAAUACACAUCCGAUGAAUGCCACCACGAAAAAUGGAAAACUAGAGUUUUGCUGUCUAGGAUGGUGUGUUGAGAGACUUGUUCAACGCAUAUAUAUAUAUAUAUAUAUAUAUAUAUUUAUACAUA